AGGCGUGCUCCUGCCCGAGGCGCCCUGCAGGCCGCCCCGAGUCCGAGGGCCCUCGCCUCAAGUCGGUCCGAGGCCCUCGCCGGCGAGGGCCUCGGAUGGCCGAUGCCGGGCCGCCGGGCGCCGGGGCCGCCGGCCCAGGGCUGGACGAGGCGACGAGGAGGGAGAAGCUGGCGCAGGUCCAGGCAGCGCUGAAAGGCAUCAACGAGCGAAUCCAGGGCCAGCGCGGCUUCUCCGGAGGCAAGCGGGCACGGGGCGCCGGCAGCAGCGCGGCGGCUUCCGGCGGGGACGCCGGCAGUCGGGCGGCCGACGCUCCCAGCGCGAAGGGAAAGCGGCCGAGGUCGCCCUCCAGCAGCAGCAGCAGCGACGAGGUCACCAUCACGUCCACGGCCAACACGGAGGUGAUCAUCACGCAGGCGUCGGUGCGCGGCCCGGGACGCUGCCGACCGCGCCGCGGUCGGCGCGCACCGCAGGCAGCUGCACAAAAAAAAUUCGCGGCCGCCAGGAGCUGCAGGGGGCGCCGCCGGAGGAUCUAGACACCGGCGGCGUUGCGGCUGCAGAGGUAUCAGCUCAAGAGGCGCCGGCUGAUACUGACACUGCGGGGCUGACGUUCUUGUGAGUUCCGCUGUCAAAAGAAAAAGGUCCGACUGCCGACAUGGUAGUAUUCGACGUGCGCUCCCCACCAAGCAGCAACACUGGUAGCAGCAAUCAUGUCCAGGCCCCUUGCCCAAGUUCUGAGGUGGCCUUGUGUUUCAGCUCGUCAUACUCGCUUCGACGCCGUUUGCUCGGGACGCGAUUGUGGGAACCUCGAUGCGCCCUGCGAUGGAAGAAGCCAUUAAAGCGUUUGAUUUGCUCGUGUUUGUCGUUCAAAACAUUUUAUUUACUCUGAAUUGCUGGAUUCCUAUACCGUUUCUGCCAAAUUGGUUGGAG